UGUGGCAGAUCCGACUACACCGCAACAGACCGAACACCGAAAUUGCCUUGCCGACUGCAGCUCCGAUAAAGUGCUCUUUCAAAUUUUGCCAGUCAAAUUGUAUGGGCGAGAUAAUGUUAUAUCCACGUACGCAUUCGUCGAUGAUGGAGCAAAUGUAUCGAUGAUUGACCGCGAUCUUGCCUUAAAACUUGGAAUUCGUGGCAAAGCAGAAAUAUUGGAGCUGCAGUGGUUGAACGAACAAAGAAAUACGCAAAAAACGGAGCGAGUGAAAUCGACUCCGAAAAGUACGAGUUGUCAAACGUUUUCACAUCGACAAAUUUAUCAUUACCAAUUGAGAGUUGCCAUAUUGGUGAGUUAACUAAAUCGGGUAAGAAUUCACAUCUUUUGGGUGUACAAAUUCCAAACUACACAGAUGUUAAGCCAGAGGUAAUUUUAAGUCUUAAUCGUGCUUUCCAGACGGUGCCAAUGGAAACUCCACUGCAGCCUUGUGAAGCCGGACCAAUCGCAGCCAAGGUUAGGAUGGAUGAUUUACGGUUCAACUAAUGAAAUGCCGUCAUCGCAUUCAUUUCGCGCACUGCAUUAUAGAACGUUUCCCGAGAGCGAAGACCCCACAUACAAACUACAUGCGAUGAUGCAAAGUUACUUCGACGUAGAGUCCUUUGGCAUCAAGGCAGAUGCUAAGAAAUUGAUACCCAAAGCUGAUGAGCGCGCACUGUCUAUUUUGGAAGCAAAAACGAAACGAGUUGGCGGUCGUUAUGAGACUGGCCUUUUGUGGCGGGAGGACGUGCCCCCGUUUCCUAAUAGUUACCAUAUGGCUCUAAAUCGAUUAAAGAAUGUUGAGAGGAAAAUGUCCAAGGACGAAGUCUUCGCCACCGAGUAUCGCGCCAAAAUCAGUGACUAUUUGAAAAAAGGCUAUCCGAGGAAAUUAUCAUCUGCCGAAGCUUCGCAAGUAACUAAUAAAACCUUUUAUUUACCACAUUUUGGGGUUAGGAAUCCAAAUAAAAAGGGAAUACGCCUCGUUUUCGACGCAGCAGCAGAAGUUCAAAAUAUGUCAUUGAACAAAGCUCUGCUCUCAGGACCAGAUAUCAACAACUCAUUAAUUUCUAUACUAUUAAAAUUUAGGCAAGCUCCAAUCGCAGUCUGCGGAGACAUUAAGGAGAUGUUCCACCAAAUUAUAAUUACCGCAGAAGACAGGGACAGUCAGCGAUUUCUCUGGAGGGACGGAGAUCCAUCUAAACAGGUGGAAACCUUUAGGAUGGAGCGAAUGAUCUUUGGGUCUAUAUGUUCGCCUACAAUACGUCAAAAAUGUCAACGCGAAGAACUUUGUUACAGAAUGUCCUCGCGCCGUGCACGCCAUUAUCGAAAGACACUACGUGGAUGACUACGUUGAUUGUUUCCAAUCGGAACAAGAAGCUCUUAUCGUGGUGCCGCAAGUUAUUCGCAUUCAUCGCAAAGGGGAAUUCGAGCUGCGCAAUAUCAUCUCUAACUCCGAAAAAUUAAAAGUAGCAUGUGGCAUCGCCGCCAGCAACGACUGCAAGGUAUGC